AUGUCUACCUCUCCAGAGAUGACCAGUAGCCUGUUCUACACCACCCUGGCCCCCCUGCGGUCGGCAGUCCCUGGGUCUGUACCCGGGGCUGGAGGUGGAGGUCUGGUGAUGACCACCAUGGAGCCCAACGUAACCUCCUGUGAGGAGUGGGAGGAGGCCCACCACCUGCUGUUCCACCUGGGGAACCUGUCUCUCCUCCUGGGCCUUGUCAUCCCCACCACCCUGACCCUGCACAUGAUCCUGCUGCGCCUCAUGCUGAUGACAGGAAGCUGUCUGUUCAUCACCUGGGCAACGCUGUACCGGUGUAAUCUGGAUGUCAUGGUGUGGAACGUGGUCUUCCUGCUGGUCAACUUCAUGCACUUCUUUUACCUGGUCUACAAACGCAGACCUAUUAAGAUUGACAGGGAGCUGAAGUCAGUGUACAAGCGGAUGUUUGAGCCGCUUCACGUACGCGAGGCCCUGUUCCAGAGACUGACGGGCCAAUUCUGCACCAUCCAGAGCCUGAAGAAGGGACAGGUGUAUGCUGCCGAGGACAAGACCUCCGUUGAUGAGCGCCUCAGUAUCCUCCUUAAAGGAAAAAUGAAGGUGUCAUAUCGAGGUCAUUUCCUCCAUAACAUCUACACAAAUGCCUUCAUCGACUCCCCUGAGUUCAGAUCAACCCAGAUGAACAGAGGAGAAAAAUUCCAGGUGACCAUCAUGGCGGAGGAGAACUGUAAGUUCCUAUGUUGGUCCAGGGAGAGGCUCACCUACUUCCUGGAGUCUGACUCCUUCCUGAACGAGGUGUUCAGGUACCUCAUUGGCAAAGACAUCACCAACAAGCUGUACUCGCUCAACGACCCCACUCUCAGUGACAAGGCAGCGAAGAAGAUGGAGCGUCAGCCCAGCCUGUGCUCCCAGGUCUCUAUGAUGCAGAUGAGGAACAGCAUGGGCAGCACCAGUGACACCGAUGACAUCCUGAACCAGAUCCACCGUGGAGGCUCCAGUGGAUCCUCACAUCAAAAAUCUCCUGGCUCCAAGACAUCCAAAACGAUGAAGCCCAUUGAAGAACAAAUGGAAGAUGACGUCUUUAUAGAGUCUGAGCCAGACUCUCCUGUUAAGAAACGCCACACCCACUCGACAGCCAUAGAGGUGUAAGAUGUGACAUUAUCCUACAACAGUGCUGAC